UGUUCUAGAGGUAUUACCAUUCAAAGAGCAUAUGCACCUGGAAAGAUUAUGAUUCCCUCAUGUGUUCUUUCAACAAAUGAAUACUGAGGUUUUACCUCAUGCAAUAAGCCUUGAAGACCAUGAAUUAUUUGUAGGGAUACAUUUCAAGGAAAACAACAUUGUAGAAUUUUGCCCAUUGCCUUGUUAGGCUGUGAAUAACCAAUGUAACUUAUUAGGAACUUUUUCCAUCCUAUCUAUCAGGGGUGGGGUAAGAUCACCUAGUUUCAGGCAGAAUACUCUACAGGUUCUGAGCCUAACACAGGCUUAUUAUCAGAGAAGAUCUCCUCCUCAACAACCAGUCCUUAAUAAGAUGAAUAGAUGGCAGUGAGUGACACAGUACUUUUAAAUUAUAGAAGCUCGAAAAUGGGGGACUUAAAAGAUGAACAAACAUGCUUGGUUGUGUUUUUAUGCUGAGCUAGUCUAUUGCAGAUUUGUCAGAGCACAUGCACUUUUGACUACAUUCUGAUCUGUCCUAAGGACAAAUGAGGGAAACAGAGUAAGACUACAUGUCGUCAGAAUCACCAUGGUUGACUUUAAUUCCAGUGCAUUCACCAAUCCCAGUACUUUCAUCCUGAUGGGCAUUCCUGGUCUGGAAGACUUUCACAUUUGGAUAUCCAUCCCUUUCUGCUCAAUGCAUGUUAUUGCCCUAAUUGGAAACAUAGUCAUCCUUUUCAUCAUCAAAACAGUGACUGUUCUCCAUGAACCCAUGUUCUAUUUUCUUUCCAUGUUGGUCAUCACAGACCUCAUCUUGUCAACCUCUACCCUUCCCACGAUGUUGAGUAUCUUCUGGUUCAAUUAUCAUGAGAUCAGCUUCCAUGCCUGCCUUACUCAGAUGUUUUUCAUCCAUGCUUUCUCUGGGGUGGAGUCAGGGCUUCUUGUGGCCAUGGCACUGGACCGGUAUGUGGCAAUCUGUAACCCUCUGAGACACUCUUCUAUUCUUACAAAUGUAGUGGUAGCCCAAAUUGGCAUAGUGGCACUUCUACGGGAGUUAGUUCUGAUGACACCACAUCCCUUCUUACUAAGGAGGUGGCCAUAUUGCCAGACCAAUGUGGUCCCACACACAUACUGUGAGCAUAUGGCUGUGGUGAAAUUGGCUUGUGCUGAUAUUUCUGUCAAUAGUCUUUACAGUUUGGCAGUCAUUGUCUUGAUUCUUGGGACUGAUGUGACAUGCAUCUCUCUGUCUUAUAUACAUAUACUCCAUACUGUAUUGAGCCACCCUUCUAAAGAUGCCAGGUUGAAGACUCUCAGCACUUGUGGAUCCCAUGUUUGUGUCAUCCUCACUUUCUACAUCCCUGCUCUUUUCUCAUUCCUCACCCACCGUUUUAGUAGGCAUAUCCCAUUGCACACCCACAUUUUGGUGGCCAACACAUAUUUGCUAGUGCCUCCUGCAUUGAACCCUAUCAUUUAUGGAAUGAGGACUAAGCAGAUCCGAGAAUGUGUUAUACAAUUAUUCAUGACUAAAAUCAGCUGAGGAUUAUGGACCCUACUUUCCUUUGAACCUCCUGCCUCCUAGAAUGCUUUAAUGAAAAUUUCUGAGAUUAUAGAAUCAGCAAAAGCAGGAAUUAGAAUAAAAGUUAUAUACACUGUGUUUAAACUAUAUAAGUGUCUGUGUGUAAUUACACCUGUCUGUUUCUAGCACACUUAAGCACUUAAUGAAAUUUAUUAGGUUGUUUUAAUCUCAUUCCUUGCCUGCACAUGUGUUUGUUUAGUGCCUUCACAAAUCAAGUUUAUUAUUUUUUCUUAUAAGCUUUCACCAAAAAAAGAGUAUUCUUCUGAGUAUUUUUUUGGUGUUGUUGUUAAAGGAAUUUGGAAGUAUAUGAGCCUGACAUUAUUCAGAGUCAUUCUAUGAUGGAUUUGUAGCUUCAUCAUAACCAGAGUGAAAAGCUUUGGAAGUGGUGAUAAAAGGUUAGAAGAGAGGAAGUAUGACAAGUCAAAUAAUUUUAACUUUGUAACUGAUGAAACACAAUUCAAUCUAUGACAUUCUAACCCUUUGGCCCCCCAAAAUUCAUGCCCUUGCCACAUGUAAAACAUACUCACUCCAUCAUAUCAUAGCAAAAUCUUACAUCAACUCCAAAACCCAAAAAUUCCUCUUCAUCUGUGAAAUCUAGAAUACAGAUUAUCUGCUUCCAAAGUACAAUGAUGAAACAGGCACAAGCUAGACAUUUGAGGAGGGUGCAAUUUGGGGAUUAU